AAGCGUUAGUCAUUUUACGUUCGACCAAAACGCAAUGGAUGAGCAUAGCCACUUCGAGACAUCCCUAAACAAAAUCAAAGUUUUGUUCAAAUACUCGGGAAUGAAUCUAGAAAACACUGUUACUAACACUUACGAGUUUUUAAAUCAUAGAUGGGUGUACAUUCUCAACCACGCGUGGACGUUGGCCGCUGUAACAUUCAUUUGCAUUGGAAUUUCAAACGGUCAAAACUUUAUUGAAAUGACCUGCAUAGCUCCGUGUGUGGCAAUGACCGUUUUAGCAGUUUCUAAGUCAUUCUUCCAUUAUAUCAACGAAAACGCAGUCAAGAGCCUACUGGAGAACCUCAUAGAGCUGGAACAGCUGGAACGUACCGAUUUUGAAAGAACGAAGAGCGUGCAAAGGACCGAAAUCGUGGCAACAGAGAAACAGUUACUAAAUAUGGUCAUUAAUGUUUUGUACGUAUUGAACUGCUCAAUGAUUCUUGUCUUCGAUAUGACUCCAUUGAUCAUUAUUGCCAUCAAAUAUUGGACGACGAAUAAGUUUGUUAGGUUGCUACCUUAUUUGGAUAUUUUUGUUUUCGUGCCAUAUAAAUUUGAGUAUUGGGUCAUGGCGUAUAUCCUACAGAUUUGGGCAGAAUGCAUAGUUCUCUUGUUCAUCGGAGCCGCAGACUGCCUCUUCUUCACGUGUUGCACGUACAUCCGCAUACAAUUUCGCCUUUUACAAUACGAUUUUGAGAGAUUAACCUCUUCGAGAAGAGAAAGCGAUGGUUUAAGAGAUGAUGAAGAUUUUAGGGAGACGUUCACGAAUUUAGUGAAAAGACAUCAAGGUUUAAUAGAAUCGUCGAGUAUUCUAGAAAUGAUUUACUCAAAGUCCACAUUAUCAAACUUUGUUUUGAGUUCUCUAGUUAUUUGUCUGUCCGCAUUCAAUGUUACGGUAGUGAACGACGUAACUAUUGUAAUGACAUAUCUUAUAUUUCUGGUCAUGAGUUUAAUGCAAGUAUAUUUCCUCUGUUUCUUCGGGGAUAUGCUGAUGAGCGCAAGCGAAGAAGUCGGUAAUGCCGUAUACAAUUGCAGUUGGUACACCGAAAAAGCGUCAACGGGAAAAGAUUUGCUUUUCACCAUCACGAGGGCCCAGAAACCUUGUGAGCUGACGGCUGCACAUUUCGCUUACGUCAAUUUAAAGGCGUUUAUGAGGGUCUUAAGCACUGCCUGGUCUUACUUCGCCUUACUACAAACUAUAUACAGUCGUUGACUAGCUACGUUUUUUACUCAAAUAAUAAGAAACUUUAAUAUUUUAAUGCGUUUGCUAAGAUAUUAUUUAGUAACAUUGCACGCAAUUUAUGUAGACGCGACGAAAUAUUUCUGGGGUCGUUGCACUUUUGACAUUUUAGAGAAUUUUAUUAUGUUGUAUUUUAUUUUACAAUUUAAACAUUCUAGAUUGUUCGUGUUAAUGAAUAAUAUAUUACAAAAUUAUACGAAUGCAUUUGAGAUACGAAUUCUGAGCAAAGAUCGCUCACAUUUUGUGAUUCGUUUAAUUAUUUUAGACUGACUCUUUAACUUUUUUAAAUUAAAUUAUUACUAAAUACAAAAAAACCGCAAAAGAGCAGCAGACAUUAGAUCUACAACAAAGGUGGAAGACGUACGAAAGAAAAUAAGACAGUUAAAAUGGCGAUGGGCAGGACAUAUGACAAGGGAAAGCAGAAUGAAAUUGACUAAAAUUAUAACAAAAUGGCUGCCACGCGAUGGCAAACGAAAAAGAGGUAGGAAAGCUAGAAGAUGGACAGAUGAUAUCAAGAUGAUUGGAGCGACAAUCUGGUUGAGAAAAGCUACCAAUAGAGAAGAAUGGAAGCAGCUGGAAGAGACCUAUGUGUCACAGGAUACGCUGGACACUAAGCCGAGAAACCCGAUGUAUUAGAUUUAAGUUAAAACAAUUUGCUACUGUAUGUAAAAUCAUUGUUUAUAUCUCAGCAAUAAAAGCUAUACAAAAUAUACAAACACAAAAAAGAUAUAGCAAAAGGAACUCCGUUCUAAUCGGGUCUCCAUAUGACACCUCUUUCUUUCUUUUUUAACAGUCCGAGAUGUAUAUGUAUAUGUGUAUGUAUAUAUUGUAUAUGUAUAUAUAUAUUUGUGCGGACCGCGAGAACACAGAUAAAAGCUGAUGGUAUUGAGAAACCAUUUCAGCGCAGCCUUAACU